GAUCGGAGGGCCCGAGGGGCCGGCGGCCGGGCGUGGGCGUCCAUCCCCAAACCCGGCGGGGAACCGUGGGUGAUGCUCUCCUCGCCGUCUCCCCCCGGCGCCCCCCAGCCGAGGGAUCUCGGGCACCUUCCUCCGCCAAUUGACCGCUUUCUGUCUCCGCGGAGGAUUCUGGGUACCCGAGCCCUCAGGUUCCCCCAGAGGAUUCUGGGCUGCCGGGUAACCGACCCCCCCCCCCUCGAGUUUCCCGCGGAGGAUUCUGGCCGACCCGGAUGUCCGCCCUCGGGCCGCGGGAGCCGUGCCGCUGAAGGGCGCUCCGCCGCCGCCAUGAACUUCGAGGGACUGGAUGCGGGACUGGCCGAGUACACGUCGGGCCUGCACCCGGCCCUGGACCCGGCCCUGGAUCCGGGGCUGGACCCGGCUUUGGGGGCCCACCUGAGCCCCAGCCUGCUGCAGAACGUGGAGCUGGCGGCCGAGGGCGUGCCCCUCGAGGCCCUGCCCGUGCCCGAUUCCGUGCACAUCAUGGAAGGCGUCUACUCGGAGCUGCACAGCGUCGUGGCCGAGGUGGGCGUGCCCGUGUCCGUCUCCCACUUCGACCUGCACGAGGAGAUGCUGUGGGUGGGCACCCACGGGGGCCAUGCCACCUCGUUCUUCGGCCCCGCCUUGGAGCGCUACUCUUCCUUCCGGGUGAACUGCAGUGACGACAUUCGGCAGAUCCAGAGCCUAGAGAGCGGCGUCCUCUUCCUCACCAAGAACAACCUCAAGUGCACGGCCCGGGGUGGGCUGAUCGCCUUUGAUUACCUCAUGGACGAAGGUGAGGACAUGCACAGUCUCCUGCUGACGGACAGCAGUACCCUGCUGGUGGCGGGCCUGCAGAGCCACCUGAUCGAGAUCGACCUCAACACCGUCCAGGAGACCCAGAAGUACCCCCUUGAGGUGCCCGGAGUCACCAUCAUGAGGCAGUCGAACCGCUUCUUCUUCUGUGGCCACACAUCUGGCAAGGUGACUUUGCGGGACCCACGCACCCGCCAAGCGGAGCAUGAGUUGGACGCCUACUCGGGCAGCCUGUCGGACUUCGACGUGCACGGGAACCUGCUGGUGGCCUGCGGCUUCUCCAGCCGGCCUGGCGGCCUGGCCUGCGACCGCUUCCUCAAGGUGUACGACCUGCGCACGCUGCGCUCGGUCACACCCCUGCAGGUGCACGUGGACCCCGCCUUCCUGCGCUUCAUCCCCACCUACACCUCCCGCCUCGCCAUCGUCUCCCAGACCGGCCAGUGCCAAUUCUGUGAGCCCACGGGCCUGGCCAACCCGGCCGACAUCUUCCACGUGAACCCCGUGGGGCCGCCGUUGCUGACGUUCGACGUGUCGGCCAGCAAACAGGCGCUGGCCUUCGGCGACGCGGAGGGCUGCGUGCACCUGUGGGCCGACUCCCCCGAGGCUUCCUUCAACCCCUACUCCCGCGAGACCGAGUUCGCCCUGCCCUGCCUGGUGGACUCCCUGCCGCCCCUCGACUGGAGCCAGGACCUGCUGCCCCUGUCGCUCAUCCCCGUCCCGCUCACCGGGGACGGCCUCCUCUCCGACUGGCCGGCCGACCGCUCGGCCCCCGCGCCCCGGAGGGCACCCCCCGUGGAGGCAGAGAUCCUGCGCACCAUGAAGCAAGUCGGCUUCAUCGGCUACGCGCCCAACCCUCGCAGCCGGCUGCGCAACCAGAUCCCGUAUCGCCUCAAAGAGCUGGACAGUGACUCGGACAGCUUCAGCCAGGUGCCCGAGUCUCCCAUUGGCCGGGAGGAGGAGCCGCACCUCUCCAAGGUGGCCAAAAAAUACCGCAAGGUCACCAUCAAAUACUCGAAACUGGGCCUGGAGGAUUUUGACUUCAAGCACUACAACAAGACGCUGUUCGCUGGCCUGGAGCCCCACAUCCCCAAUGCCUACUGCAACUGCAUGAUCCAGGUGCUGUACUUCCUGGAACCGGUCCGCUGCCUCGUGCAGAACCACCUCUGCCAGAAGGAGUUCUGCCUGGGCUGUGAGCUGGGCUUCCUGUUCCACAUGCUGGACCUGUCCCGUGGGGACCCCUGCCAGGGCAGCAACUUCCUGCGCGCUUUCCGCACCAUCCCCGAGGCGUCGGCGCUGGGCCUCAUCCUGGCCGACUCGGACGAGGCCCCGGGGCGGGGCAGCCUGGCCCGGCUCAUCCAGCGCUGGAACCGCUUCGUGCUCACCCAGCUGCACCAGGACAUGCAGGAGCAGGAGGGUCCGCAGGCCUACCGCGGGGCCGCCGCCAGCAGCUUGGCCUCAUCGGGGGACUCGGUCAUCGGGCAGCUGUUCAGCUGCGAGGUGGAGAACUGCAGCUUGUGUCGCUGUGGCCAGGAGACGGUGCGCGUCUCGUCCACCCUGCUCUUCACGCUGUCUUACCCCGAGGGCGGCGGCGCCGACAAGGCUGGGAAAGACUACGACUUCGCCCAGGUGUUAAAGAGGAGCAUCUGCCUGGAGCAGAGCACGCAGGCCUGGUGUGAGAACUGUGAGAGAUACCAGCCGUCGGUCCAGACCCGGAACAUCCGCCGACUACCCGAUGUCCUGGUCAUCAACUGCGAGGUGAACAGUUCCAAGGAGGCCGAUUUCUGGAAGAUGCAGGCGGAGUUUGCUUUCCAGAAGGCCGUGCGGCGUGGGGGGCGGGGAGGGCAGGGCCUUCCCCAGAGCAAGGAGCGGGCCCUGGCCGACUGGAAGGAGCUGGGGAGCCCGGCUGGGGGGCCGCCGCUUCCUUCCGUGGAGGAGCUGAGGGAUGUCUGGCUGCCCUACUCCCUUCGCAUGCGGCUCAGCAAGGGCAAGGAGCUGGACAUCAGUGACUGGGCACCCCGCGGACAGCGGAGUGAGGCGGAGGCGGAGGCAGAGGAGGGGGUCUGCCUCUACGACCUGAUGGCCACGGUCGUGCAUGUCCUGGACCCCCGCACAGGGGGUAGCCUGGCGGGGCACAUCAAGGUUGGGGAGACCUAUCACCAGCGGAAGGAGGGGGUCACCCACCAGCAGUGGUAUCUCUUCAACGACUUCCUCAUUGAGCCCGUGGACCAGUGUGAGGCGGUGCAGUUUGACAUGAACUGGAAGGUGCCGGCCAUCCUGUACUACGUCAAGAGGAACCUCAACACCAAAUACAACCUGAGCAUCAAGAACCCGAUCGAGGCCAGCGUGCUGCUGGCCGAAGCCUCUCUGGCCCGCAAACAGCGCAAGACCCACGCCACCUUCAUCCCCCUCAUGCUGAGCGAGAUGCCGCAGGCCGGGGACCUGGUGGGGCUGGACGCCGAGUUUGUGACCCUCAACGAGGAGGAGGCCGAGCUGCGGAGCGACGGCACCAAGUCCACCAUCAAGCCGAGCCAGAUGUCCGUGGCCAGGAUCACCUGUGUGCGGGGCCAGGGCCCCAGCGAGGGGAUCCCCUUCAUCGAUGACUACAUCUCCACGCAGGAGCAGGUGGUGGAUUACCUGACGCAGUACUCUGGGAUCAAGCCGGGGGACCUGGAUGCCAAGAUCUCCUCCAAGCACCUGACCACCCUCAAAUCCACUUACCUGAAGCUGCGCUUCCUCAUUGACAGCGGGGUCAAGUUUGUGGGCCAUGGCCUGCAGAAGGAUUUCCGGGUCAUCAACCUCAUGGUGCCCAAAGACCAGGUGCUGGACACGGUCUACCUGUUCCACAUUCCUCGCAAGCGAAUGAUCUCCCUGCGCUUCCUCGCCUGGUACUUCCUGGACCUGAAGAUCCAGAGCGAGACCCACGACAGCAUCGAGGACGCCCGCACGGCCCUGCAGCUGUACCGCAAGUACCUGGAACUGAGCCGCCACGGCCGGGAGCCCGAGGAGUUCCGCAAAGUGCUCAAGGCCCUCUACGAGAAAGGCCGCAAGCUGGACUGGAAGGUGCCCGAGGCCGAGGGCCCGAGCAGCCCCAAGAAUGCGGCCGUCUUCUCCUCGGUGCUGGCGCUGUGACCGCCCCCCCGGCCCUGCCCUUUGCCGGACGUCUCCGGCCCCGCAGCCGAGCGGCUUCCGCCGGCCCCGGCGCGGCCGACGAGGAUCUCUCCUCCUCGGGGUUUGACCCGGUCCCCGGGGCCGGGUGGGGGCAAGGAGCCCAACGGGCCAGCGGGCCCCUCCGGGGGGACUCUCCCCGCCGCUCCGGCACAGAUGGUCGGGGAGGAGCCUGGGGCCCCCGGACCGGCCCAGGCCUCUAACCGGAUGCGAGCGAGCACCGCUCCGUACCCGGGCCAUCCUCGGAGAUGCCAAAAACCGGGAGGGGACGGCUCCGAGGCCCCGGCCGCCCCCUCUCCUCCGCGACACUUUCCCUCCCCGUCUGCCUGUCGGACGUUUUUAUAAGAUUGAAAUAAAGGCGAAAUGCAGCACCA